AAAAGGGGGAGGGGGAUUCGGAUAAAUCAAAGCAGACAACUACGACGACCAUCUACGCCGAUUACCGGGCCAGAUUUAACAUCCUUUUAACUCGUUAACGUCGGGCGGGACGUUUCAGCUCAUGUGUCUUUUCUCAUCAAAAAAUCAGGAAUGGGGAACACCUUCGAUGCUCCUGACCCGAUAGAUGAAGACUGUAAAAGUGGGAUCGGACCGCGAGGCAAAGGGGAUCCAGAUGACUUCACUUUAAGGGCCAGAGAACUGAAAGUCCACAUACCGAAAUUUCAAGAGGCAGCUGCCUUAAAGGUUCAUUGCAAAGAUCUUGCACAAGUUUCCUGUUUCAUUACAGAGCUUCAGCAUUGUAUGGAUAAUAAUUUUGCCUUACUUGCUUCUUGUUAUCACUUGAACACCAAACUGAAAGCAUGUACAGAACUUUGGACAAACGAUUUAGAGUACAGAGAACAAAUGAUAGAAGAGUAUCUUUUAGUACGACAGGAAUUCAGGAAAACAGGUAGAAAUAGAUUGUAUCGUGCGCUGAAAGGAGAGACAUAUGUGACUGAAAGUGAACGGAAAGGCUACCAAGUAUAGAUGAAAAUUAAAAUAAAGAGUUUUAUAGUAAUUUAA